UUGAAAUUGAAGCGGGCGAAGGCGGAAGAGGAGGAAAAUAAACUAAAGUAGCUGUUUCAGCUCGGACGCAACUUAUAUCGAUUUAAUGUGUUUUUUAUGGUUUUAAACUAAGAUGUCCAGCUGCACUUGCGUCAGACGUACGUGUUGUUCAUGUCGUGUGCUGUAGCUGGACUAAGCUAAGUGGACUCACCGUUAGGUUCAGUUAGCUCUUUUGUUUUUAGCAUUCGGCUAACAUGUCGUUAUUUAGCGUACAAGCGAGGAAGCACACGGCUUAUUACGACCAUCUCGUGUCGACGUCCCGGACAUCGGGGGGCAGAGGGCGCCCGGCGGAGAGGAAAACAUCCGACACGACGCUGGAGAAAAGUGGGACAACAUCCGGAGAGUCUGCGUGCGAGGACAGCAGGACUUCCGAGAAGAGCCGACAGGUAAACAGGACCUAUGUCGUCUCUGCGCUGUCAAAAAGCGGCGGCGGGCAGCAGACACCUCUCCGGGGCCGGCUCACCCUGCAGAGGAGGUCAAGGAGGAGGACCGGGGUUGAAGCGGGGGAGAAAACUGUGGCUGAAAGCAGCCAGAACAGCACCCCGGCUCCGGAGAAGAGGCUGACCCUGCAGCGGAGGACCAGGACCCCCUCCAUGGAUAAGAGCGCCCUGGGGCAGCGUGGGCUCAGCGGGGCUGGUGUGCAGCCACCGCCGAAGGUCCUCAGCGAACCGAACGGCAGGACCCCGAGUGUGUUCAGGUCUGCGAGUGUAAGAGAUGCUGCUUCCAGGAGUAAAAGCAGAGAGACUCAUGUGGAAACCCAGGGGAAGCUGGCACACAGCAAGAUACCCUCCUCUUCAUCUUCAUUUACAAGACAACUAGAGAACCAGGGCCAAACAUUUAAUACCCCCACCAAAAAGACCACCUUUGAGAAGAUCGCAGCCAAGAGGGACGUGUUCGAGAGACUGGCAGGGAGAGAAGUCCCGAAAGUAGUGGCGGUCAAGUCUGCGAGUCUGGAAAGACCCAAAUCCAGAAUGCAACAAGCUCAAGAGAGUAGACCUGCGCCUGCUCCUGCUCCUCGGGUGGGCAAGGUGUCCGCAGGUGUGCACAGGCCCAGCCCUGCGCUAGGGGUGAUCAGGACAUCCAGCUCCAACCAGGGGGAAGACGUGACCCAGGCCAGGACCUCCACUCCUGCUCCUGCUCCAACAAGUACCGAGCACCCCCGGUCUCGUCCCAGUGAGGCUGUGAAGCAGCAGGAUUCAUUAAAGAUGGAAGACAGUGCAGUGACUGUGGCUGUCCGUGUCAGGCCUUUCAGUGCCCGGGAGAAGGCAGAGAAGGCAUCGCAGGUCAUUUUCAUGAAAGGCCAGGAGACCAUUGUCCAACAUCCUGACUCCAAACAGAGUUACUCUUUUACCUAUGACCUCUCUUUCUGCUCGGUGGAUGAGAGCGAGUCCACGUUUGCCAGCCAGCAGAUGGUGUACGAGACACUGGCUAGACCUCUGCUACUAAGGGCCUUCGAAGGAUUCAACACCUGCUUGUUUGCUUAUGGUCAAACAGGCUCUGGGAAAUCGUACACGAUGAUGGGCUUCGGAGAAGAAGCAGGGGUUAUCCCAAGGUUCUGUCGGGAGCUUUUUUCUAGAUUGACCGCCAUAGAAAAUAAAGAGGUCAAAUGUCAUGUAGAGAUGAGCUAUUAUGAAGUUUACAACGAGAAGAUCCACGACCUCCUGAUUACCAGAGAUGAUCCAAACCAAAGGAGGAUGCCUCUGCGGGUGAGAGAGCAUCCCGUCCAUGGUCCCUACGUUGCUGAACUUUCUACGAAUGUUGUGAGCUCUUACAAUGACAUCCAGGGUUGGCUGGGGCUCGGAAACAAGCAGAGAGCCACAGCAGCUACAGGGAUGAACGACAAGAGCUCCAGAUCUCACUCCGUCUUCACCCUGGUUAUGACCCAGACCAAAACUGAGUUUGUGGAGGAUGAGGAACAUGACCACAGUAUCAGCAGCAGGAUCAACCUUGUGGACUUGGCAGGCAGCGAACGCUGUAAAACGGCUCAGACGAGCGGAGACCGACUCAGGGAGGGCGCUAGCAUUAACAAAUCCCUGCUCACCCUUGGAAAGGUCAUCUCUGCCCUGUCUGAGCAAGCACUGACCAGGAAGACGGUCUUCAUACCGUACAGGGAGUCUGUCCUCACAUGGCUGUUAAAAGAGAGCCUCGGGGGAAACUCCAAGACAGCCAUGAUCGCCACACUGAGCCCAGCAGGCAGCAGUGUGGAGGAAACUCUAAGCACUCUCCGCUAUGCCCAGCAGGCCCGGACAAUCAUCAACGUGGCCAAGGUCAAUGAAGACACCAGUGCAAAGCUCAUCAGAGAGCUGAAGGCGGAGGUGGAGAAGCUGCGGGCGGCCCAGAUGAGCUCACAGGGGAUCGAACCAGACAGGGUCCGGCUGUUUCUGCAGGAGAUCACUGCCCUGAAGACUAUGCUCUGUCAGCAAGAGAGAGAAAUGGUCGAGGCCAACCGGGCAUGGAGAGAGAAACUGGAACAAGCUGAAAUACGCAAACGGGAGGAGACCAAAGAGUUGCAGAAAGCAGGCGUGACGUUCAAAGUGGACAAUCGUCUUCCCAACCUGGUGAACCUGAACGAGGAUCCUCAGUUGUCUGAGAUGCUUCUCUACAUGAUCAAAGAGGGUCAAACCACGGUGGGCAAGCUCAAGUCCGACUCCAGCCGAGACAUUCAGCUGAAUGGAGCCCUCAUCGCCGACCAGCACUGCGUUAUAAACAGUAUCCAAGGUACUGUCAGCAUCACACCCAUGGAAAGUGCCAAGACCUUUGUUAAUGGGAACCUGAUCUCAGAGUCCACUGUCCUCCAUCAUGGUGACAGGGUGAUUCUAGGCGGAGACCACUACUUCCGCUUUAACCAUCCAGCUGAGGUGCAGUCCGGGAAGCGGGUAUCGUGUUGGACAGUCGCAGGCGAUGGCCAGAAAGAUUUUGAAUUUGCCAAAAAUGAACUACUUAAGGCUCAAAGAGCUCAGCUGGAGGCAGAAAUUGAAGAAGCCCAUCUGAAGGCGAAGGAGGAGAUGAUGCAGGGAAUCCAGAUGGCAAAGGAGGUGGCCCAGAAGGAGCUUUGUGAUCAGAGGGCGCUUUAUGAGGACAGGAUUCAUGCCCUGGAGAGAGAGCUGAACGAGGAGAGUGCGUGGAAACGUCAACAGGAAUUAGACCAGCAGAGGGUGGCCAGUCAGAUGGCAGAGCUGAAGGUGGCCAAGCUGGGGCUGGAACAGGAGGUGGACUCCCAGAAGAAACACCUCCGUCUGCACAUGGAGGCCCAGGCGAUGGAGGAACACCGUGUAAGUCAAGUGAGGAUUGUUGAUGCCCUGGAGGAAGAGAAGAAGAAGAUUGGCAGAGAGCUCGAGGAGCUGCAGAAGAAAAGAGCUUUGAGGGAAAUCCACACUCCGAGAAAUGUCUCUCCACAUUGGGAUGCCAUGAAGAUGUCCUUGAUGAUUGAGGAAGCUAAUAAGAUCAGUUCUAAACUGAAGAAAAACACAAUUUUUAGAAGACAUGAAAGCUCCGACAGCGAGAAUCUGGAAACGGGUGGUUUGCUCCAGGUGCGGGUUCAAAACACAAAGCUGGGGAUCUCCACGUUCUGGAGUCUGGACAAGUUCCAAAACAACAUGGCUGCCAUGAGGGAACUCGACCAGGGGGAUUCCACCUCUAAAGAUGACGACGUGUUUUAUGACCCUGAUGAUGAGUGGGAGCAAGAUAUAUCGGCCUCCUCUGCCUCCACCUCAUCGUUCUCACGCCGAAGGAGCAGGAGUUUGUUGAAGAGCAGGAGAAUCUCCGGGCGUCUGUACGAGAUCCGGGUUCAUCCGAUUCAGAGCCUCCACAAUGGCUCCUCCCAUUCUGCUGGGUUGAUGGGUGUCGCCAAACCUCCCUCCACCCACUCCACCAGCACAGACUCUGCCUUGCCCGGCAUCUGCAAGGAGCUGAUCGGUCAAUCAGUGGCCCGUCUCCGUGGAUGCAGUGCGACAGAUGAGAGCCUGGCUGACAGGUUGGCCUCUGAUCUGAACCUGGUGUACGAGGCAGUUCAAACCUUAUCUGACCUGUACGACAGCCAGGACGAUGACAGCCAGGAGAACGUGUUUGUAUGCAACUUGGUGGCCCAGACUCAGCUGGUCAAGGCCGCCACAGCCAUAGAGAGUGCAGCGUUUGUGACCAAGCAGUGGGUGGUGAGCGUUAAACCCGUCUCUGGCUUCCUCUACACCAUCACUGAGGAACUCAAGAUCCAAGUGAAGAAGAUGGGAGGAUUCUUUCAGCUGCUCAUUCAGGGCUGUGAAUCAGAGAUCACAUCCAUGGUGACGGAGGCACGGAGGAAGAGCAGCCAGUGCCUGGAUGCAGCAUUGCUUGCACUCGGCCACCUGGCGGCAGUGACAUGCAUGCCGCUGAAUGCUAUGGAGCUGGGUGCCCAGGCCACAGGCAAGCCUUCAAUGACCAUGUGUGUACUGAAGGGGACCAACAGAGGCGUUCGCUCUCUUUUAAACGAGAGUCUCACCAUCACCAGGGAGAUGCUGAGAGACGCUCAGCUGGCGUAUCCCAGGAACCCAGUCCUGCAGAGCCUUAAAUCCAAGAUGCUUGAUUUAUCAUGUGCUCUGCAGAGCUACAUGCAUUGCCAUAUUUCGGAGAGGGAGUCUGACUCAGAGGAGGUGGAGGAAUGGGCGGAGGAGGCUUCUGCUUCCCAUCUGAAGCAACUGAGGGAUGCAGCGACCAAACUGUUCCUGCUGAACCAGGCCAUCAGACAGCUGCAUUCCUCUCUGUCUGCCGCCCUGCGAGGAAAAGACAGAGACUCCAACCUCGGCAGCGAGCAGAUCUCCUCCUCUGCCAAGGCCGUCGACGAGCUGAUCGUGGGUCUGUCCAAGGAGGCAGCACUGCUGGCGUCCUCGCAGCUCCCCUGUCUUCAGAGCGUCGUGACUGCACGAGACACACUCCACUCGGCCCUGCAGUCCUUGUCCUCCCCCUGGAACGAACAGGGGGCAGGAGAGAGCAGGAGCUCUGCCGCUUCAGAUAAGAGCACAGAGGAGGAUAUGUGUGCGUCCACUCACACUGCUGUUAGAAAUCGACUUGUGAGCAAAAUAGUCUACACGAUCCCAUCCAAAGGCAGCCCACACUGGGUGUAACGUGUACAGACUAAGUGUUGGUCUUUACGAUGCUCAAAUAUCAUGUAGGAUUUACUGUAACUGAUAAACUGCUGACAUGAAGAAAUCUGAAAUGCUGGAAAUAAGAAGCUAGUAUCUUUUUUUUUUUUCUUCACACCCCAUCAUUACCAACCUCACACUGCGGGCAGCGGACAUUGCAGAAACUCUUUCCAUUCAAGUUGAUAGUCGUUAAUUUGCACACUUUGAAUUAACUUUGAUUUCCACGCGUAAGCCUUCAUGUCAUUUCUCGUACGAUGUAAAUGCAGCACUAGUGUUGAGAUGUACUUCUAAGUGCUUUGAAAUUAUUUUUGAAGGAUGCAUUAGAUCUAAGACUUUACUCAUCAGUUAUUAUUGAUGCAUAAACACAAUUUAAACCGUCUCUGUUGUACUAUAUUUUUCAGAGGCUACUAAAUUAUUUUCGCUUGCAUUUUUAUUGAUUCGGACAUGCAACAGUUCAACGAGCAGCUUUUUUUGUCACAGUGUUUUGUAAAAAGAAAAAAAAAGUGCUGAACGUGUAUGUCCGGAUUCUCUGCUGUAUAGGAUUUUUUGAAGGCGUAUUUCAUUCUCAUAUUCACUUAAUGCUUUGCUCUUGUAUUUUGUACACAAACUGUAACAAUGUGCACUCUGGAGAAACUUCUCUAAUACAUGUACUCAAACAAAGUAUUUUUGAUGUCUUUGUAAAAUUUUGUCAGACUUAUUAAAACCUGGUAAGUCUAUAUCAUGUAAGGGGAACAGAAAUAAUACAAUAAAUUAAUAUGCCUUGAUUUGACAGGAACACAAA